GCCAGGCAACGCGCACGCAUAUUACAUUUACACAUAGCAGUAGGUAUACGCCAGUCAGCGCCUCGACAGCGGCCGGGAGGCGUCCACGCGUUUUUUCGGGGGGGAAUAGGCACACAUGUACUUUUUGCUGAUACUGUGUUUAUCAUGUGAUUGAGAAAUAUGCGUCGAAGUCUGCGGCUGGUUACUGCUGUUGCUCUUACUCUCUUGCCCGGCUAAAGGGGAUCGUAGUUAUCGGGAAUUUGGUCCACUCAACGCUACAAACUCCUACAAUAUUUAAUAAUACUUGACGUUCUCGGCGCCGCUAGAUAUUAGAUAUUUUCGAUGGGAAGAUUAGCCACUGAUCCGACCGAUCACUCGAGUACUGUCCGUCGUUGAUUCAUGUUUAGCGGCUUGACUUUUCUCCACGAUGUUGGACCGUAUAAACAGGGAUUUGCUGCCCAUCAAGGGCCACUACUUCCUCUACAAUGCCGCUACUGGUCCAAUCAUGCAAUUUUUGCCAAUAAUAGCAAAACAGUUGGGGUUUUCAGGACUUCUUGUUGGUACAAUAUAUACAAUACUGCCAAUCUCGGGAUUAAUAGCAAAGCCAUUGUUUGGUGGCCUUGCGGAUAAAUUUAGACUCCAUAGCAUUUUUAUAGCUUUCCAAGCAAUAUUAGCUAUAGCAUUUUUUACAAUAAAAUUUAUACCUGAAGCAGAACACAGUGUGAGGACAAACUUGGCAUGCAAUAUUGCCUCUUUUAUAGAAAUGCCUACCAACAAUCUUAUUUCCGAUCAAGACACAGACGAUAUGAAAAUUAAUACUAAAGACAAUGCUCAUUGUCAUCUCUCUUGUACGGUAAGAUCAAUGGAAGACAUUCAAGCAAUAUGUGAUUCUUGGCAUGUCAAAAAGUAUUGUUCUUUAGCAAGUACAGGAAUUAAACCAGAGCAAAUUGCAAGAGUAGAAAAGUUGGAAUUUGAAGCUUAUUUUAAUGAGUCUUAUGAUUUGCAUGUGGGCUCAAAACUGGAUCUCCGAAUAUUCAACAUUUCUUUAGGAGAUGGCGAUCUACGCCCUGCUCUGUGUAGUACAAAAUCCUUUCGAAUUCCAUGUACAACAAAGUGUCCUAAAGUUCUUUUUCUCGAUAAGUUAAUAAGAAAUAUUAGCCUCAUCAAUGAUGAUGCAUCAAGGCAAAUAUCAACUGGAAUUUUUCAAUGGUUUUUAUGGGCAUCCAUUGUCAGCUGGAUUGGCAUGGCUGUUGUAGUUAGUAUAGGAGAUGCUAUAUGUUUUGAUCUAUUAGGAGAUGGUAAAAGUAGAAACUAUGGCAAACAAAAAAUGUGGGGUAGUAUUGGAGUUGGAAUAUUUGGCAUAAGUGCAGGAUACCUGACAGAUCUUUCAAGUAAAGGAGAGGAGACAAAAGACUAUUCUUGUAUUUUCUACCUUAUGCUAACUGCCAUGAUUCUUGAUAUCUUAGUUUCUUCUAGAUUAAAAAAAAGUAGCUUAGAUCAUUCAAAUGAACCAUCUGUUCUGUGGGAGCUUUGGUCCAUUGCAAGAGAAGGAAGAGUUCUGGUAUUUGCUUGGUGGUGCAUUGGAGCAGGAAUGUGCACAGGAGUUAUUUGGAACUUUUUAUUUUGGUACACUGAAGAAAUUUCUCCAGCUCAGUCACAAAAGGAAUGGUUAAAAACAUUACAAGGAUUACUCACAGGAGUGCAAUGCUUUCUUGGGGAAAUGCCAUUUAAUUUUAUAUCUGGCAAUAUUCUGCGAAAAGUUGGACAUAUAAAUGUUAUGAGCCUUGUACUACUUGCUUUUUCAAUAAGAUUUAUGGCAUACAGUAUGUUUUCCAAUGCGUGGGUAUUUUUAAUUAUUGAACUUCUUCAUGGACCUACACUUGGCUUAUGCUGGCCAACUAUGGUUUCAUAUGGUGAUAAAGUAGCACCUUCAGGUACAAAAGCGACAAUUCAAGGUCUCGUUGGAGCAGUAUUUGAAGGGAUAGGCGUGUCAUUAGGAAGUUUACUUUGUGGCUAUCUUAUUGACCAAUACAAAGGUGUAGUGACGUUUAGAGUCUUCUCAGUCGGCGCGCUUGUUUGGUUAAGCAUCUUUUGGAUAAUGCAGCUUUUACUACGAAAAGCUAAAGCAUAUCCAUUGCAACAAGGCCAUAUCCAUUUGGCAAGUUAUGCUCCUCCUGAUGAUGAUGCAAUUCUCAUGACUAUGAGUCAAGAGAUGCAGACAUAUUAAAAAAGGAUCUGGAUUAAUUAAGAACCAAAGUCAUCUUUGUAUCAAAGUUCAUACUCAUAAUGCAAAGCCACCGAGCUUUACAAGAUCGUAUUUCACCCUUUAGUUUUAACUAUUUAUAUCAAUUACAUGAGUAAUUUGUUAUAAGAAUGUUGUAAAUGUAUUGUUUUAUAAUUAUUUGCUUUGAUUAUAACUUUUGAAAAACUACCUAAUCUGCUUAUACAGCGUAAACCAUGUCAUUACUUUUUACUUUUUGAUUAAAAUCACGAUUGAAAAAACAUAUUUGGUCAAUUAUUUGACGCGUGAUCAAUCGUUAACCAGUAUUACGUAAAUAAUGUAAUAAAGUGUAUGUAUAUAGCAAUUAAUAAUAAUACACGUUUUUAUACAUUGAA